AGCUCAGCCAAUCCUCUCUGUGUGAGGGGCUUCAGCAUCAUGAUAUUUAACACACCCACCCUGACCAUCCGACAGAGGUAUUUCCUCAAGCGCUUGUCAAAGGGCGAGCAUCACCUGAGCUGGAUGUUCAUCAAGAAACGCUGAAACUUUCUCCAAAGAUCACAUUUGUCGACGGAAGGAGGUGCAAUGCCACACUUUCUCGAAACCUGCCAAGGCUGCCAUGCGUCUCAUCGCUUUCAGCGACUGAACAUCUUUGAUUUGUACCGGAUAAGAAGCGCAAAUGAACUUGUGCAGCUGUGAAAGAGAGCUCGCGCGUUGUGUGGACAGAUGUUUUCUCCUUACACUGAGAUGCACCGCGGCAGCGCGAACACGCACUUUUGUGGAUAAUUUCUCUGACGAGGUUUGACUUUAUUAUAGGCUAUUUCGCAAAUGUCUGCAGCUAUUAAAUGUUAAAAUACACUAUGAGUGAUUGUGUCGGAGAUUGCUCUGACGUCUCAUGACUGUACGGGUGGAAUUUAAUCUCGAGCGCACGUAAAUAACGGGAUUAUUGCUUCGCAUGGAUUUGGAUGAGCGCUGUGCUAAAUAAACCAUACUUUCUGCCCUUGAACUGGCAAAUAAAAAAGAAAUUGUUACAUGUGUUCUUCUCAUAAAAUUGGGAGCCCGUGUUUUUCAUACUGUUGGCGAUGUAGUGCGCUUGCUCACUUUUAUCCCUGCCUUUCCAAACAAAUCUUUUCUCGAACAGGAGACCCCGAAGAUGAUCCUCUUUAGAAAAUUCCGCGUCUUGAUUCUGAUGGUGUUUCUUAUAGCCUGCUCUAUGCACAUUAUGAUAGACUUGUUACCGAGGCUGGAGAGACGGAGCAGUAGCGCGUGCUCGUGCUCACACACACCCAGCGAAGAGCCGCAGAACUGGGCUAAGCAUCGAGCCAAGCCGGGAUCAGAGUCCGGCUGGCCUAAUAAACACACGCUCAGAAUACUUCAAGACUUCAGCAACGAGCCGAACUCAAACCUGUCCUCUCACUCGCUGGAAAAGAUCACCGUUGGGGAGAGAUCCGAGGCUCUGAAAAGAUUUGAGCAGUUGACAGGUGACGAGAAGAGGCACGCGACACGGCACUCUACCUUGAAGAACGCAGUUGUCAAGGGUUCGAGGCUCUCUGCGCUAUUUGAGCAUCCUUUAUACACCAGGCCAUUGCCACCUUUAACAGAGGAAGACACUUUGUUCAAUGUCAACACUGAUAUAAGAUUUGACCCUAAAGCUGCAGAGAACCCAGAGUGGAAUGGGGAAGGUAAAGAUGGGAAUUAUGCUCCUACGGGCGAGAUGUCCUCAGAUUCUUACCCAAACUGGCUCCGCUUCCACAUUGGGAUCAACCGGUAUGAGCUGUACUCCAGGCACAACCCAGUCAUUGAUGCAAUGCUGAAGGAUCUGGUGUCACAGAGAAUUACCAGUGUUGCAAUGAAAUCUGGAGGCACGCAACUGAAGCUCAUCAUGACAUUCCAGAACUAUGGCCAGGCGCUCUUCAAGCCCAUGAAGCAGACACGGGAGCAGGAGACCCCCCCAGACUUCUUCUACUUCUCUGAUUUCGAGAGGCACAACGCUGAGAUCGCAGCAUAUCAUCUAGAUAGGAUCCUGGAUUUCCGUCGAGUGCCGCCAGUGACUGGACGACUGAUGAAUAUGACCAAAGAGAUACGAGAUGUGACCCGUGACAAAAAACUGUGGAGAACCUUUUUCAUUUCACCAGCUAAUAACAUCUGUUUCUACGGUGAAUGUUCGUACUACUGCUCCACUGAGCAUGCUCUGUGUGGGAAGCCUGACCAGAUCGAGGGCUCUUUAGCAGCUUUUCUUCCAGACCUGGCCUUGGCCAAGCGCAGGACCUGGAGAAACCCCUGGAGACGGUCCUAUCACAAACGCAAGAAAGCAGAGUGGGAGGUGGAUCCAGAUUACUGUGAAGAGGUGAAGCAGACGCCACCCUAUGACAGCGGCACACGCCUGCUGGACAUCAUGGACAUGACCAUUUUUGAUUUCCUCAUGGGGAAUAUGGAUCGCCAUCAUUAUGAGACAUUUGAAAAAUUUGGAAAUGAAACUUUCAUUAUUCACCUUGAUAACGGAAGAGGCUUUGGUAAACAUUCUCAUGAUGAGCUCUCCAUACUGGUGCCUUUGAGUCAGUGCUGCAGGGUGAAGAAGUCGACUCAUUUACGGCUUCAACUGUUGGCUAAGGAGGAGUUCAGACUGAGUGCUCUGAUGGAGCAAAGUCUGCAGACUGACACGCUGUCACCCAUCCUCAUUAGGCCUCAUCUGGAGGCCAUGGACCGCCGGCUGCGCCUGGUGCUCCAGGUACUGGCCGACUGCAUUGAGAAGGAGGGCUACAGUAACGUAGUAGAGGAUGACAUGGUCACAGAGGGCAUGAACACGGGCACAGUCCCACAAAGGUAGUGGGCACAGACUGAUCAGGCACCCCCCGGUGGGUCCUUUGAAGUCCCUCCACAGCUCUAUAGACCAUGAACGUCUUGCAAGAGAUGCCUUGUUGAUAAACUUUUCUGAAUUCAGUGAAUUCCAAAGACUCAUUGUUCAACGGAUGGACCAUGUGUUAAAUAAAGACACACAGUAGACAAAGAAAGCAACGGUGUUCUGCAGUUCUGAAUCCAAAAUGUAAGCUGAUCUUCACAUGUAACAACCAGUGUUAUAAAGCAGGGGUUCUCAUCUGGUGCAUUGUCAGCAAAGAAAAAAACAACACUUAAAUGCAAAUAAUAAAAUAAAUUAAUUAGAAUAAUAAUUAGUAGUAUUAUUAUUGAAGCUUAUAAAAUACAAUGCAAAUAAAACAGAAAUAAUAAUAAUAAGAAGAAGAAUAAAUACAGAUUGGUUAUUAAUAAUUAUUAUAGUUUAUAAAAACAAGUAAACAUUAAUAAAAACCGAUGUUCCUAUUCAGCUUAUGUUGAUAUAAUUUUGGUAUAUUAGUGGACCUAAACAAUGAUAAUAAUGGUAAUUUAUCCUGUUCGACCAAUGUCAUGUUUAUAAUUUGGCAUAUCAGUUAGUCUAAGCAGCUCUCGGUAGACUUAACUUUAAUAAUUCAUAUUUUUGUAUGAUAAACAUUUUUGGUUCUGUAUUGUGUUGCCAUGUAAUGUCUAAGGUGAGAUGCAAAAGCAAAACCAGCUGAGAACCACUGUUAUAAAGGAUCUUGAUAAAUACAACUGAAAUUCAUAUAUUUACAUGCUUUAACAGAAUAUCAUUUAACUAGUAUCUGCUUUCCCUUUGAAAAGUAUUUGACUAUUUGAACUUUAGAAUUAUAGCAGCUAUUUUUUUAAAGAAAUGAGUAAAGGAUGUGCAGGACAGUUCAUCUGCUACAGUGAAUGUUUGGCUGAAGUUUCAGCUGACAGUUCAGUUCAAACUUAUGAGGAGCUACAGCUUCACAAACUCUCUCAGCAUUGUAUGUGACGUGUGCACCUUUGUCUGAAUAUAUGUAGACUUCCAUGUCUUCAAAUAAAAUUCUUUAUAUUCUCUCCAUACCAAGGAGGAAUAAGAAGAACUGUGCAUUCA